AUGGAUAGUGAUGACCAACUUGAUGACGAUGAGGUCCUUGAUGAUAUUGGAGAUGAACAGGAGCCUCCAAACGAAGGUAAUCAUGAAAGCAGUCCAACUAUGGCAGUCCAUCAACCUUCAUCACUAAGCUUUUCACAAAACACGUGGGAUAAUAUGAUUGAUCCAACCCCACCAUUUGAAAAGCCCACUCAGAGUAUUUGGGGCCCUACCCAAGAGUUUUAUAUGGGCUUGCUUUUUGCCGAUAAGGCUGAACUACGAGCUGCUGUUAAACGCAAUCACAUCAAGAAGAACCAAACAUUUUGUGCUACAUAUGGGUUGUUUGAGGUUAGGAAAUACAAUGGUCCACACACAUGUACAGAGUCCACCCUCACACAAGAUCACGAGCAAUUAGAGACCCAUGUUAUUGAAAAAGAGUUGAAGGAUGUUGUCAAAAAUGAUCCAACCAUAAAGAUUGCUUCACUUCAACAGACUCUUUACAGUAAAUACCAAUACAGGCCUUCUUAUUUUAAGGUGUGGGAGGCAAAAGAGAAAGCAAUUGGUACAGCGUUUGGUGAUUGGGACAAAUCUUACCAAUUAUUGUCAAAAUGGUUGAAAGCUUUGACUGAUUCAAACCCGGGCAGCAGGGUUAUUUGGAGAACAAUACCUGCUACUAUGCCAGGCUGCGCGAUAUUCGAGAGAGUGUUCUGGGCUUUUGGUCCAUCAAUUGAUGGUUUCAACAUUAUUAAUGUCACUAAUCAGAAAGGGUUAUGUCUCAUAUCUGAUCGUCAUCCUGGUAUAAUGGCAGCGAUACGGUCUAUAUGUCAAUCGACAUGUUGGUAUCAUCGUUUUUGCCUUUGCCAUGUGGUUAGCAAUUUCAAUCAACAAAUUGGGAAUAAAAACUUGAAGGCUAUGGUAAUGUGGGCAGGCAUGGAGAAUCAGUUACGAAAGUAUCAAAUCAUCAAGAAUAGAAUUACUCAAUUAAGUGCAGAUGGUGAGAAGUAUUUAAGGGAAAUGCCGGUGGAAAAUUGGACGUUAGCAUACGAUGGUGGACAUCGUUAUGGGGCAAUGACCACAAACUUGUCUGAAAGCUUCAACGGAAUUCUAAAGAGUGCUAGAAAUCUGCCCAUAACUGCAUUAGUUGAACUUACAUACUAUCGUUGUGUUGCCUACUUUGCCGAUCGGUAUACUAAGGCAUGUGCAGAGGUUACUGCCGGUGAACGCAUUACGGCCUACGCAAAGAAUAAAUUCAAUAAAUGGGAAAAAAAGUCACCAAAGCAUUCAGUUACUGUGUUCAGUCAUGAAGAUGGUCUGUUUGAAGUCAGAACACCAAUAAACGCUAACUCUGCAUAUAGGGGUAAUCAUCGUCAUGAGGUUUAUAAGAUUCCGUGCUCAAAUGUCAUUGUCGUGUGUAAAUAUCAAGGCAUCUCUGCAAUGCGAUAUAUCGACCGCUGCUACCAUUUGGAAGAACAAGUUGCUUGUUUUGCACCUAGACUUCGCAUGGUUCCAGACAGUGUACAUUGGAAUGAGCCUAAUUUCCCGGUCUUGUAUCCUAAUGUCAAGUUGCGCCGUGAAAAAGGCUGA